AUGACUGUUUCUGACGAAGAAUUACUUAUAUCUCGACCUCCACAAUAUCAACAAAGAAAAUAUUCUUCACGUCCUGUACAACCACAAUCUAUUCAAAUUGAGUGUCAAGCUGAAGAACGACAUUUUAUACAUUCUUCUCCAAUGAAAAUAAGUGGAUCUUUAAAACCAAUUCAUUUUACAAUGAACAAUCAAACUAAACCAGGAAAAUAUCGAUCUGAAAUUGUUGUUCAUAAUAAUCCUGAUGUUGAUUUAUAUAUCAAAAGACUUCAUGUUGCUUUUGAUGCUUAUAAUGAUUUAUCCAUGUAUACUUCCAAAAAUGAACGUUCAUCAUCACGUAGUCAUUCAACAUAUGAUUCAUCACAACAAAAACAACGUGAACAACAAGGAAAAUGUCGAUCAAUUUCAUUACCACCAAGAUCUAAUUCUCACGCUAUACUACAUCAAUGGAUUGAUGAUAUUUGUUCAAAUGAAAAUUUAAUGGCUGAUGAUGAUAUCUGUUUUUUUCUUAAAAAUGGUGAAUUUCUUGCUAGAAUUUAA